ACAGAAUGGCUUAUGCAGAAGGAUCCAGGAGAAAUUUAAAUACUCAGUGGGAAUCAUUUUUAUUAUUUUGUACUUAUUUUAAAUUCUGUCCAUUACCAGCAGAUACAGAGACCUUACAACUUUAUGCUCAAUUUUUGAGUAGGUCAUUUAAAUCUGUAGAAUCUAUUAAAAACUACAUUAGUGGAGUUAAAAUCAUGCAUUUACUUUUGGGUGCAAAAAUUGAACACAUCAAUAAUUUUUUAUUAAAUCUUUCUUUAAAAGGCAUGUCUAAAACAAAACUUCAUAUGGUUAGACAAGCACAUCCAAUGACUACAAAUCUAUUAUUGAAAAUAUAUAGAGUACUAGAUUUAUCUUCACCGGAUGAUAACACGUUUUGGUGUCUAUUUUUGUUUGCCUUUUUUCUGUUGGCAAGAAAAUCUAAUUUAGUUCCCACUACCAAAAAGGAAUUACUUAAUCCUAAAUUCUUAUUAAGUAAGGAUGUUAGAGUUACCUCCACUGGUCUUUUAAUUACUAUGAAGUGGACAAAAACAAUUCAAAAAGGUGAAAGAUUGCUUGUGGUACCUUUGACAUGUAUAAAUGGUUCUCCGUUAUGUCCAGUGAAAGCUUAUCAUAGAAUGAUUGGUUAUAUUCCUAGAUCAAUGUCCUGCCCGUUAUUUAUUUUGAAUUCAGGUAAACCAGUUUUUUAUAAUACAUACUUAAAGAAACUUCGUUCAGUCAUUGAAAUGAUAGGUCUGGACCCUUCUCAUUUUUCAACACACUCUUUUAGGAGAGGCAUGGCUACUUUGGCCUUUCAACUGAAUCUUCCAGCUGACAUCAUUCAAUUACUAGGCGAUUGGAAAUCAGACGCUUAUAAGAAAUAUCUUUAUUUUUCACUCACAGAUAAGUUAAGAUUGUCAAAAUACAUUUCUGAUAAAAUACAGAGUGAGGGUUAUGAGCAUGGAAAUUUGUAA